AUGCGCCGUGCAAGGUCUGGACUCAUGUUUCCUCGCCGAGUCACCGCCAUCUUUACUUCCAGUCUGAUAGCGAACUACUUCCGAUGGACCGUCGAAAGCUCCUCACACUCCUCCACGGUCCACGAACUAUACAAUCCCUACAGACACCCAAUUACUAGAACCAUAUUUAUUGGCCACACAGGGAAAACAUUCUGGCUUGCGGAACCAUUAAGGUUCACCGAAUCAUUAGGAAAGAAGGUUAUCAUUUUGGACGUCGACAGUCGCUAUCUUGAUGGCCCUAAGGGUCUUUUGAGCAAAGCUCCAUUGAACGUAACCGAACUCCCCCCAGAUACCAGUGGUAGACUCAAUCACUUCAUGUUCGCAAUGAUUCACGGCUACGACUACCGACUAGUUCAAAUCCCUAGAGCAGUUGGGCGAACCGGAACGUGGACCAAAGUCACUGCAAUCAAAGAAGCGCUGAAGCAUUACAAAUACGUUGUAUUCAUAGAUGCAGAUGCCAUGAUUCUCUACCCCAAUCUACCUAUUGAAUGGCUAUUCAACUACUGGGAGAUCACUCCGGAGACUCUAGUUGCCAUGGCACUCGAUCCAGAAGCACCUCACAAUCAUGAUUGGAACGGCCGAACAUUUCUCAACACUGGCUUUAUUAUUGCCCAGCAGAGCCCUCGUACCCAUGAACUCUUUAAGGCAUGGGAGACUUGUCCCACCGAAACACGUUAUCCAGACUGCGCGAGGUGGGGUCGGGAAUGGCCACAUGAGCAAUCUGCAUUUGGGAACCAUGUUAGAUCGGAAGACAUCCGUGUUUUGUCUUGUGCAGAGGCAAAUGGGUGCCCUGAGGUCGCAUCUACCGGGUGUGUUGGGGAGCUUGUGAGGCACUAUUGGGGCGACAAGAGAUCACUGCCAGCUGCUGUGGGGGAUGCGGUCUUGUAUUAUUUUUUGCCGCAAUUGCAUGGGUCUUUCUAUCACAACUCUCGAGCUCUGGUGGUGAAUAGAACUGAGCGUGCAUUCACAUGA